GGGGGAGAAAAAAACGAGACCUCCGUGUGACUGCAUCAAAAGGGAUCCAAACAGCACCUAUUAUGGCUCCUGAAAUCCGUCUGACGCCUCUUUUAUUAAGCCAACAUGGUUGUUCCUUACGCAUCGCCAUCGCGCGGCUAUAAAUGACGAGGCAGCCCAAUAAGAGAAAGCUGCCUUGAGAGAGCCAUGUCAUCUCCGGGCAUGGGUACCCCCAGCGACCCCCUCCUGGCCAGUCCUGGCGUGGGGAGGCUACCUUCUGUUCAGGACGGUCUUUGGAGGAGCUCGCUACCUAAAACGGCCAGUUUCCCGACGUCCUCCAUCCGACUCCUCAGUCACCGUGCCAACAACUUCCAACGACAGCCCAAGCGGCAGAAAUUGAUUCGACCUUCGCCGCCUCCGCCGCCCAACACGCCAUGUCCCUUGGACCGGCUGGACCUCAGCGAGCUGCCACCAAGACGGGCCUUCCAGGAACUGCUUUUCAACGGGUGCAUUCUGUUUGGGAUUGAAUUCAGCUACGCCAUGGAGACUGCUUACGUGACGCCCGUGCUUCUGCAGAUGGGCCUGCCAGAUCAGUUCUACAGCUUGGUGUGGUUCAUCAGCCCCAUACUGGGAUUCCUGGUUCAGCCUCUUAUUGGAGCGUGGAGUGACCGAUGCACAUCCCGGUUUGGACGCAGGAGACCGUUCAUUUUCGCAUUAGCCAUAGGGGCGCUGGUCGGUCUGACUCUGGUGCUCAAUGGACGGGACAUUGGAGGAGCACUGGCAGACACAGCUUCCAAUCAUAAAUGGGGCAUAAUCCUGACAGUGUGCGGUGUAGUCUUGAUGGACUUCAGCGCAGAUUCAGCAGACAACCCAAGUCACGCCUAUAUGAUGGACGUGUGCAGCCCGGAGGACCAGGACCGGGGGUUGAACAUCCACGCUUUGCUGGCAGGACUCGGGGGUGGCUUUGGGUACAUUGUGGGCGGCAUCAACUGGGAUCAAACCCACUUUGGAAAGUCAAUGGGAGGUCAGCUUCGGGUUAUCUAUAUGUUCACCAGCAUCACACUGGUGAUCGCUACAGCCAUGACUCUUACGAGUAUUCCCGAGCGACCGUUGACAAAGAGCCAGCCCCCCGGGAAAAACCACCUGAAGAGCCCCAACCUUCUCCUUCCUCCCUCGCCGCCUGCGCCGCCGGGAUCUGCACUGGCUGUGGAUGAAGAGGACGAGGAAGGUCACUACAGCUAUUAUUUGUCAAAGUCGAGCCACCCAGAUCCUUUGGCGCAUUCCUGCAGUGCUAACGCUCGUCUCUGCGCUGGACUCACUAGCCCCAUAUCACCUAUAAGCCCCCUUACGCCAAAAUACGGCAGCUUCAUAAGUCGGGACAACUCAAUGACUGGCAUCAAUGAAUUUGCCUCCUCACUGGGGACAUCCUACAUAGACAGCAUUCUUAUAGACUGCUACACAGGGCAACAGACACCACAGGAUGUUUUAGCCCCCAACUCUAUUCCCAUGCCUCCGGGUGACUCCCCUGCACUAGAAGGGUCCGCCCAGACAGAGAGGGAACGUGAUGGGGUCUGUCAUUCAGACACAGAGGGUGACCCGCAGUCCCAACCAGCAUCUCAGGUUAUAUCAGCGGCGGAAACUGGUCCAGUGCUACGACGGGGCUCUACUGCCGGAAUCUUAAAAAGACCGCAGAGUCUGGCACUCAUGGAGGAGCCCAUGGCGACCCAGAUAGUCGGGCUGGAGAACGGACGUAGGAGAACUGUGACGUUCAGCCAGCAGGUUGCAAACAUUUUGCUGAACGGCGUGCGUUACGAAAGCGAUCUCAGUGAAAAUACGGAAACGGGAGAAUCCCAGAUGUCAAUGAAACUCUUGUGUAUAGCCAUCUACCGAAUGCCUCCCUCUCUUCGCAGCUUAUGCACUAACCAUUUUCUGGGCUGGCUGUCCUUCGAAGGCAUGCUGCUUUUCUACACAGAUUUUAUGGGAGAGGUUGUAUUCGAGGGAGACCCCAAAGCUCCCCACGACUCUGAGGCCUACCAGCGCUACAAUGCUGGGGUCAGCAUGGGCUGCUGGGGCAUGUGUAUCUAUGCAUUCAGUGCUGCUUUUUACUCAGCCAUAUUGGAAAAACUAGAGGAGCGUUUCUCCCUACGCACACUCUACUUUUUCGCCUACCUGGCUUUCGGCCUGGGCACGGGUUUGGCUACGCUAUCCACAAACCUUUACGUGGUGCUGUCCCUGUGCGUCACUUAUGGUGUGCUUUUCUCUUCGCUAUGCACACUGCCUUACUCUCUGCUGUGUGAAUACUACCAAAGCCCUCAGUUCUGUGGGUCAUCAGAGGAGGGAACCCGACGCGGUAUGGGGGUGGACAUCUCGCUUUUGAGCUGCCAGUACUUCCUAGCUCAGAUCCUGGUGUCAGUGGCGAUGGGACCCCUGACGUCGCUGGUUGGCGGCGCGCAGGGGGUGAUGUACUUUGCCAGCCUGAUGUCGUUUGUGGGCUGCGCGUAUUCGUCUCUCUGCGUUGUGUACCAGCUGCCCGCCGCGGAGGGAAGAGGAGAAGUUGAAACGGGGGUGUGAACAUCAACAUUGAGAAGAACACAAAGAGACCCCUUUCUUCCCCAGAAGGUGGACAACACGGAUCGCCAAAUACUUUUUUGUGGGAGGGGGUGCAUUAAAACCACCAGCAGCGGCAAGAACGAUUAUCAAUGAUUUCCUUGAGGUUGUUUUAACCUUCUCGAACACCGGCAGACUUCCUAAUUAAACAAUUUGCAGAAACCACCAUUGAUUACUGCUGCCUUAGCAGAAUGUCAAUAUUUGACAUGUACACAAAAGGCUUGCUUUUUAAAAACAUUGUUUUAAUAAUUGCUUCGUUUUUCAGUUUGGAAAAAAAAAAAAAAAAAAACUUUUCAAAAUAAAAUGUUUUCUUGGAAUUCUGAGUCGUUUCAUAAGCCAGCAAUGGGUUUCACAUUUGAGCCUAAGUAAUUCAGGUAUAUCUGUCUUUAUUAUUCAAAAAAAGUUGCUUCAAUCAAAAUAUAUAUUUUCAAUCACAGAAAAAGUCACUCCAAGCAAAAAUAAAUUUGAUUCGAAAAAAAAAAAAAAAAAGUAUUUGAAAAAUACUUUCUUUGAAAGUUUUUUUUGAUUGAAACAACGUUUUUUGAUCAAAUUAAUGUAGUUUUGCAUUUGGACCACAUUUUGGCUAGGACCAAACUAGGAUUGUCUUUAUUUUUCAAUCAUAAAAUAAGUUGCUUCAAACAAAAAAUAUUUUCAAAAGAAAAAUCAUUACAAUCAAAAAUAAAAAAAAUCAUAGAAAAUAAGUUUUUGAAUGCGAAAAAAUAUUUGAGACUCAGAAAUUUGUAUUUGAACACUUAAUUUUUCAUUGUAACUUUUCUUUGAUUAAAGCAAUCCUUUUUGUGUUGGUGUUUUGUUGUGUGCCAUGUUAUGGGUAAGAUAAUUUGUCUAAAUCAUUCAAUCCCAAUAAAAGUUGCUUCAAAGAAAUCAUUUGCAAAAAUAUAUUUUUGAAAUUUUUUUUUUAUUUGAAAUAUAUUUUAUUGAAAUGUCACUUUUUGAAAAGCAAAAAGUUUUUAAAUUUUUAAGUGGAAAAAGUUUUGAAGGCUUUUUUUCCCCCGAUUGAAUCAUUUUGACACAAAGCUUCAACUUCGCUGCUACUUCCAACAUGUUUGAGUGACAGGUGACUAUACCAAUGGCAUAAAAGCAUGAAGCAAGAAUAACUUUUCCACUUUAAAGAAAAAAAAAUAUUUUAAAACUUUUUGCUUUUCAAAAAACUGACACUUCAAUAAAAUAUACAUUUCAGAUUAAAAAAAAAUAUUUUCAAAAAUAUAUUUUUGCAAAUGAUUUCUUUGAUUGAAGCCAUUUUUAUUGUGAUUGAAUGGACUUAGACACUAAUGUUCUACCCAUAAUAUGGCCCAAACACAAAAAGGAUUGCUUGAAAGUUUCAAUGAAAGAUUAAGUGUUCAAAUGCGAAUUUGAGUCUCAAAUAUUUUUUCGCAUUCAAAACCUUUUUUUCUGAGUGAUUUUUCUUUUGAAAAUAUUUGUUUGUAGCAACUUAUUUUUUGAUUGAAUAGACAAUUGUCCUAGCCAAAAGAGUUUCAAAUGUAUCUUUGCAUUCAAAAACAUUUAAUUGAAGUGACCUUUUCUCUCAAUGAAAAUAUUUUGAUUGAAGCAACUUUUUUGGGAUUGAAUAGACACAAACUGACCUCCAUACACUUACGCCAUACGAGGGAGCCAGAGGACAAGUGUACUCACUUUUCUCAAUCAGAAAUGGCGUUUUUAACGCAUUUUAUGGAGUCGACCAUUAAUCACAAAUUUGACAUCUAUAGACAUAUUUGGUUAAGUCAAUAACACCUAGUGCAAUUUCUGCAAUUAUGUUUCAAGAUGAAUAUUCUACAAAGUGAUGUUAUGUUUUUUCCCCCCACUGUAUUGGCUUAAUGCACGAUGAGAUUUUUAGAGAGCAUCACUUUUCGGGAUGCAUUGUAGAUUACGUAAAAAUCUCACUACAAAUUGGAACAGCACAAGAUGGCGAACGUACUUGAGAGCAGACGUGCGGUGAUUCUGAAUACAGCCCAAGACGUUUCGGUUUCCCUGCCAUUUGCUGAACCUUGGACAGACAUUUGGAUGAUUAAGUGGGUCGAGUGACAUCAUUUAAGUAGGGGCGCUCAUUAAAUCAUGUCACACAGAUACUGCACUGCACACAUAUGGUAACCACACACACCUCUAAGACACAUACUCAAAGACACUGUCAACUCAAUUCGCCAUGGCACACAGAACAUUGUCAAACUCUCUCCUCGACAAAUUGCAUACGAACCACCACCACCACCACCACACAACUCAAAGACUAGACUGAAGAAUUUCUCAAGACAGACAAUAUAAACUAUUUAACUCUCAGGACAUACCAGGAAAUACAUACCUGGUGCAUUCACUCAAGACUGUAGAAAAUUAAGUAAAAAGACAUUUUAUUUGUUUGAGAAUAUACAAAGCAGUGGCUGAAGUAACCAGAUGUGAUGGCCGGUUGUUUGAGAGGCAGUCUUGGACACAAAAGUGGGUUACCCAGCCAUAAAUGUAAACUCCGUAAGAAAACGACAAAUCAAAAGAAAAACUGUAAAUGGUACAAACCAGCGUGGAAUGCAUAUGAAACAAACGAGACCAAAGCGUUAAGCUUUAAGAGGGGUUCAAUAACGUUGCCAAACAACAGAAAGCAUGCCCCCUUCAAAAUGGCGGCAGCGUGGAGGGCCUCUAUAAUAUGAGCACCAUCUGUUAGGCCAACAGGGCGGCUAAGGAUUAACUAGCAGCUUAAACACCAACGAAAGAUAAUGCUUUAACUAAUAAUGUUCUUUAUUAUUAUUAGCCCCUGCUUAAAACUUGUCUUUGGUCCUUGAAGUGAAUAUGAGCAGCUGCCUGAAUGUUUGAGUAAUCGGCUGGUCAGAGCUGACUUGAUAGAGGUUGUGCUUACCAACUGAAGCGAGGAAAUGGAAAUCAACUCAUCUCAUAGCAUGGCCCCAUUUAGCACACACAUACAAAAAAAGCUCAUUUAAAGACCAAUAAAUAACAUCUUGAAAAAAAGAAAAAGAAAAAAAGAGGGCCACAAUGUUUCACAACUCCAGUGCAAUGUGAGAACAUGAAGCACAAAAAAAAAAAAAAAAA